CGCUUCCAGAGCGUUCCACACCCUUCGUCCCCGCGGUCCGCACGCUACUUCCCCGUGACGCCACACGAUCACACCAGCACAACCGGAAGACACCACAGCCCCUCUCUCUCUCUCUCUCUCUCUCUCUCUCGCCAGCCGCAACCCCGCGCAGCCUGCCGGACCGGCGGAUCCCUCGACCGCGCGCCACCGUCCAGCCCAGCGCUCAGGCGAUCCGGCCUCUACCUCGUCCCGGGCCCUAGCUCCGCCCCUCUCGACCGUCUUCCCCGCCGCGGCCGCGAUGUCGACGCAGUCCAUUUCGCCGGCCGCCGCGUCCGCGCAGUUCACCUACCCCGCCGCGGCGGCGGCGGCGGCGGCGGCCGCGACCCCGUCCUACUUCCCCGUGCCCUUCCACCUCCAGAACCCGCAGUACGCCGCGUGGCCUGCGCCGGCCGCCGCGGCGCCGGCGGUCGCACCGGUGCCCGCGUACAGCGCCGUCUACCCCAUGCCCCAGGUCCAGCAGGCACAGCAGCUGUUCCAGAAGGACUCGAACAUAAUCACUCCUGAGGCUCAAGCUACUGUCAAGGCUGCUAUUGCAAAUAGUGAGAAAGACAAAAAGGUUGAGGUUACAAAGAAGGCAGUGCCUCGAAAGGCAGCUGGGCAAAGUUGGGAGGACCCAACCUUGGCUGAUUGGCCUGAAAAUGAUUUCCGUUUGUUCUGUGGUGAUCUUGGAAAUGAAGUGAAUGAUGAUGUUCUUACAAAGGCAUUCUCAAAAUAUCCAUCCUUUAACAUGGCCAGGGUUAUACGGGAUAAAUGGACUGGUAAGACUAAAGGAUAUGGUUUUGUUAGUUUUGCAAAUGCGUCUGAUCUUGCUGCUGCCUUGAAAGAGAUGAACGGUAAAUACGUCGGAAACCGGCCAAUCAAAUUACGGAAGAGCACAUGGAAGAACAGGAUAGACUUUGAAGCUUUGGAGAAGGGGAAGACUCAACCACAGAAGAAAAUCAAACCGCAGAAAAGAAGUGUUCUUCACAAGUGAAACUGAUAAAUUAUGCAUGUUCAUUGUUGCAGUAUCAAUAUCUGAGAAGGUUGUCUGAAGUUUGACAGCUCUAUUCUAUCCUGCCCAUUGCAAGCCAUGUGCCACUUUGGUGGAUGGGAAAUCUAGCAAAGUAAUUAGCAUGCAAUAACUUGUACCUGGAGUGUAAUGUGGUUGGCACAUCAUUCCAACCUUUUAUGGAAUUGUAGUUGUAAAUACUCUAGUGAGUAGUGGUCUUAUGGUGAACCAUUCUGUGAUUGGAUGAGAUCCAUGUAUAACACUCAGAACAUUUGUGGACGUUAUUGCCUUAUUGGUGCCUCGCAGUUU